AUGGUGCAGCACCCGGAGCUGGUCGCUGGACAGGGUCGCUUCUGCGCCACUCUCAUGGAUGCCUACGGGGGCGCAGUGGUCGGUAAGCUGGGAGCGGACGGCUGCUACUGGGUUGCCGUCCGAGCCUCCGAAUGCGCCCAGAUGCCUGGACGAGAUGGAGCGAUUGGGAUAGCGGUCAGAAUCGAAGAUGGCAACAUCGGCAUUCUUUAUGCGGCGGUCACGGAGAUACUGCAGCAGCUUGGCAUUGGGACGCCGGAGAUCUGGCACAGGCUUGCGAGUUUUCAUAAUCCAAAGCUCGUCAACACUGCUGGUGUAACGACGGGGUCUGUGAAGGUCGAUUUCAGAGUACAGAAAGCACUCUAA